GCAUUCGCACCUCACCACUACCAAAACGAGCCGCCGUUGCGACAAAAAGAGAGAGAGGGGGUGUGUGUCCCUUCUUCUCUUCUUUGAAAAUCUUUCGCCAUUAUUUUUAGCGGCCCCCUUUCUCCCUCUCUCUCCAUGGAUAAAGCAGGGCCUCAACCAGCUCUACGCCGCCGGAACUCCAUUGCCACAUCUGUAGUCAUACCCAGUGAGCUUGCUAUCCCUUCCAAACCUCUCCACACCUCCAGCCUCCCUCCUCACCACACAAACGGCAACGGCGUCGCCUCCUCUCCACCACUUGACUUCGAGCUGUCCUCUUUCAAAUCCUCCUUAUCUUACACUUCUCUUAAGGACAUCCUCCCUUCCACAGCCGUCAACUCCCCCACUGGCGCUGCUUCCGCCUGCGGUUCCGCUUGCGAAAUUUCUAUUCGCAACCGCCUCGUCAAGCAGGCGGCGUGGGCCUACCUCCAGCCUAUGUCGUCGUCACCGGAUUCAUCGAGCCAACACUUCCUCCGCCGCCUCUGGCUGCAAUUUUCUGUGCGCAACCCCAUCACUUCUUGUAUUCGGUUCAUUAGUCUCCAUGUGAUUCCUAGUAUUACCAGAACCUUUGAUCGGAUUCUUCGUGCCAUUCGGGUCCGGAUGGACAGAUAGCACUGGCUGAUGGUUUUUUGUAGUAAUUCAAAUGCUGUAGCAGUUCAGUGUGUGCUCUUAAAUUUGUACACUCAAAGAUUACAAAGACGAGCAAAAUCAUGAAUAUAAAUCAAACUGGAUUCAGAAAUGAAGAAAACAAUUACAAAGGUGUUUUUUUUCUUUUCCUUCUAUCUAUAAGGUUUGACUGGUUUUUGUACAAUUUGGUUUCAAUCUUCAGUUUUGGAUUGGCUCCUAACGGCGGAGCCUCAUUCGGGCCCGUUGGAGCUUGUCACUGACAUCAGAUUCAGGGGCGGUGCUUGGGUCCACCGAAAGUACAACUUCUGUUUGUUCGUGGAGGUGGACUUGAACGUGGUUGGAUUUUGGUGACUCCGAAACUGCACGGUAGAUUGUGCUGCUGAACAGCUGUGGUUGCUACUUCUUGUUCUUGUGCUUGCUCAUUGAGGGCAGUUCACUUAUUAGACCCGGUGGUGCCGGGGGUGCGCUGGGUUCGUACUUGCUCGCCUUCUGCAAGGUUGGUUAACAGUAUCGCGUUUAGUACUCUUAUUGAUUGAUUUAGUUUUGUUUUGUAUAUUAUAAUCAUGAUUGAUUACAUAUUGAAUAAUCCAAGCUCUGUUUCUCAAUGUGUGGGAUUUGCUUGAUAAUGGGUAAUAAAAUUUGCUAAAUCACAAUUCACAA